GUGUAAUGGGAGCUACAGGAGUACUUCUUUCUGCACUCUAUGUUGUCUUGUGCUUCCUCCAGAUGGUAACACUGAGUUCAGAACAAUUCAUAGUGACUGGCUUACAGAAGCCAGUCUUGGCACCAUUGGGUGGAAAUGUUGACCUGAGUUGUCAGUUGUUUCCACCACAAGAAGCACAGCAUAUGGAGAUUCGUUGGUUCCGGAAUCGCUAUACAGAGCCUGUGCAUCUGUACAAGAAUGGUAAAGAUCUGCAUGGAGAAACUAUCCCCAAGUAUGUGGAGCGAACUGAACUCCUGAAAGAUGCCAUUGAAGAGGGGAAAGUGACACUCAGGAUCUUUAAACUGACAGCUGAUGAUGAUGGGUCAUACCACUGUGUCUUCAAAGUUGGAGAGUUCUAUGAAGAGCACAUCACAGAGGUCAAGGUCACAGCUACAAGCUCAGACAUACAGAUUCUCAUGCAUCCCCCUAAUACUAAAGGUGUGAUGUUGGAGUGUCAUUCAGGAGGUUGGUUCCCACAGCCUCAUAUAGAAUGGAGAGACAGCAAGGGAAAAGUCAUUCCAGCUACAUCAAAAGCCCAUUCACAGGAUGAAACCAAAUUGUUCAACAUGACAAUCGCCCUUCUUAUUGAAGCCAGCUCCCAUAGAAAUGUCACUUGCUAUCUUCAAAACCUUAUAACUCAUCAAGAAGAAAGCCUAAGUAUUGUCCUAUCAGGUAAAAUGUGUGUUAGUUCUUCAUUAACAGUCAUUGUCACAUGUACUUCUUAUUAGAUUCUUCCUUGACUUGAUUUCUAAAGACUUAAUUUUUCUAGACCUUACUCCCCACUUAGUUUGUCUCCUACUUUCUUUGGUGUACUUAUUUGCCGACUCUAUAUCUUGGACUAUUAUAGUUUGCAUUUCUGUUGUGAUAAAACAUCAUGAUCAUAAACAAGUUGGGGUAGAGAGUCUAUUUGAAUUAUACUGUUACAUCAUAGUUCAUCACCGAGGGAAGCCAAUAUAGGAGCUCAAAGUAAAACUUGGAGGCAGAAACUAGAAACCUCAGAGGAACACUGCUCACUGGCUUUCUCUCCAUGGAUUUCUC